AUGUUCCCGGACGACCGCUUCCACCCGCUCAAGCCGGACGUUGACCGCCUCCACGACGAUCUCGCGGAGGUCACGGCGAUCGAGGGCACGCCACAGACCUCCAAGGAGCUCGGCUCUGCUCUCGUGCUGCACCAGUUCGUGCCGGCGUGGGACGUGCAGGCCUACGUGCGUGUCGCAGGCAUCCAAUUGCACGUGCACAACUCCAAGUACCCCACGUACGAAGCUACAGGGGAACUGCCUCAACUGAGCGAUGGCAACUUCUUGCUGCCGAGCGAAGAGAUCAUCAUGCACCUGCAAACGUUUCAUGCAGACAUUGACAAGGACCUGAGUGACGCACAGCGCAGCGAGUCGUACGCCUAUCGGUCGAUGGUGUCGGAGAAACUGAGACGCGUUAUGUUGUUUUGUCGGUGGGUGGAUUCCGCCACAUACAACGAGGUCACGCGACCGCAGAUGAAGCGCGUCAUUCCCUUUCCAUUGAACCUAUAUCUGCCGAAGAGAAUGCAUUUAGACACAAUGGAGAAGCUCCGCUUGUAUGGCAUCGCAACAAAAGAGCAAGCGUACAUCAUUGCUCGCGAUUGCUACACGGCGCUCAAUACGAAGCUGGAGAAAAGUGGCUCGCCGUAUUUCUUCGGAGACAAGCCGAGUGCACUGGAUGUCGCAGUGUUUGGACAUGUUGUUGACGUCCUUGGUAACUCGCAGCUAGCAGCUACCGUGCAUCAGCAUGCGCCACUGCUGAUCACUAUGGCAGAACGUGUCCGCGACGUAUACUUUGGUGCUUUGGAAGAUCAGCCUGCGAGUCUUAGUGUGGAGGCUAUGUACUCAGAAAACCAAGCCAAUUGCUUUGCAACCGCCUUCUCGAAUUGUGUCUUCAUGAGGAAGGUGUCGACACCAUUGCAGGUAGCCUUUUUGAAGCCUUAUCGAAGCCUGGACUGGAGUCGUCGGGCGCUUGCAUCGGAGGUGACUGAGAAGAAACGCAAGGAGGAAGCCGAACGGCGUGGAGACACAGAAGAGGAACAGAGUGAAGCUUUUCAAAAGGGUUCUCGUAACGCUAUAAUCGGUGCCAUCACAGCUCUCGUCCUAUAUGCCGUUGCUGCUUGGCCAGUGACCGUGGAAAUUGGUGGGGAGGGUGGCGAUGAUGAGGAUCGUGAAGAAGAAGGGGAAGACGAGCAUGAUGAUUGA